CCAACAACCAGGUUAUGGACAACUACCUCCACCAGGUUAUGGAUACCCACCACCCCAACAACCAGGUUAUGGACAACAACAACCACCUCCACCAGGUUAUGGCCAACCACCACCCCAACAACCAGGUUAUGGACAACCACCACCAGUACCUCAACAACCAGGCUAUGGACAACCACCAAUGCAAUACCCUGGUUACGGUCAAACAUACCCCGGUUAUAGUCCUCCAGCUCCAUAUGGAGGCUACCCUGGUUAUGCUCCACCCCAAUAUCCAGGUGGUUACAAUCCCUACCCUGGAUAUCCUCCAUAUGGACCCCCUCAACAACCGCCAAGAAAGUACCACGGUUCCAAGGAAUCCGACGCGUCAGAGGACUGGAAGAAGACUGACACUGAUCGUCAACUGGACUACGGGUUAUUUGGAUUAAAAAUAGGCGAUGUGAAUCACCAACGACAUACAACUAGCGAGGGGACUGCUACUUAUAGUACUUUCAAGCAAUCAUACUAACUUACAAUUA